CCAGAGGAAGUGCAGUUAACAACGAAUGUCACUUCUAAAAAAGCAUGUCUGAAUGAUGUAGUGUUCUUCAACUGCUCAGCUGCUAAUGCAAAUCCACCAGUGGCAUUAUAUCAGUUUUUUGAGAAUGAUGUUCUGUUCGGUAGUAGCAGCUCAGGAGAGUUCAGCGAAAUGGCAAUGAACAGUGGUAAUUUAAGAUACAAAUGUGUGGCAAACAAUACUGCAGGAACAACAAGCAACCAGGAUGUUUCCAUUACUGUUAAUGGUAAGGCCAAUAAUGAUUGUAUAAAAAAAAUAGGAUGCGUUCUGUUUUUUUUUUCCUGUUUGCUUGUUUUUGUCAGUUCCCCUCUUCUUGUAAAGUGUAUCACUUUCUUCCAGGGGUCAAUUUAAUAAAACUUUUACAAGUGUAAUUUACAAGUGUAGCCAUUGUUUUGGAGUCUGAAAACAAUAGCCACACUUGUAAAUUACAAUUGAGGUUAUUUUUGGAAUUUAACAGUAUUGACGUCCCAGGCGUUCAGUUCAGGGUUAUCAAAAUGUAAUGUUAUGCAGUACUUGAAGAACCCCCGCUCCUGAGUUCUUUCACAGCCUUAUCAUAUAACUUUUAAUCACAGAUCUGAAAUAUAAUGGACACAGCUUUUGUACAUGUAUGAUGAUUACUCAUGCACUCCGUUUCUUACACUGAUAAUUAUAUUAAAAAAAGAGAGAGAGAGAGGGAGAGAAUAAAACCAUUAUAUAUUAAAUCUCCCUUAAAAUUGCAGUGCCUGCAUCCAUUCAGUCAAUCAAAGAUCAGUUUGUUGUUGAACAUCGCAAUAAAAGUCUCAUUUGUAAUGCAUCUGGGACCCCUCAGCCAACUGUGUUUUGGAUCAAUGUCGCCAGUGGUCAGCGCACAAACAGCAGUGUCCUGGAGUUUACCAACAUUAACAGAAAUGAAGCUGGAAAAUACAGAUGUGAAGCUAGCAAUGAUUGUGGAAGUGCAGUAGAGGCAAUUAACGUUACUGUACGGUGUGAGUAGAUUAAGCAUUAAGACAUUGCAUUGGUUCAUAUCUAGUGAUGGAUCAAGCAGAACCUUUUUAUACUCUGAAAAAUAAUUAUAACAACAAUAAUGAUGCUAUGACACUGUAGGAUAAUCCCAACAUUUACAAUAAUAAAGUGGAAGGCAAUAUGGAUACAUGAUAAUUAUUACAGCAGAAACAACAUUAAUUUCGUGCGUUGUAAGUCAUAGAAAUACUGCACAACCAGAGGACAAAAAUUAUUGGGUUCUUUACCUAAGGCUAUAAACCGGAUGUUAUAUUUAAUGCACUGUUGUGUAUGAUUUAAGGUACUACAAUGACUAAUAAACUAAAUCGAACUAAAGCAGCAAUAAUUAUUGUCCUUUAAAUGAUACUUCUUUUAUGCGUGUUUUUACUCCAUUCUAGAUCCACCAGAAAAUGUCCUAUUAAGAACAAAUGCCACUGCAAAUAAAUCUUGUCGGAAUGAUGCAGUAAGCUUCACAUGCUCAGCCGAUGGUGUUCCAUCCGCGAUGUCAUUCCAGUUGUUUAAAGAUAACGUUCCCAUGGAGAUAAGUGCCUCAGGGGUGUGGGUGAAAACACUGUCCGAAGGAGGCAUUUUUGCCCACACAUGUGUAGCUAACAAUUCCAUUGGAUCAGCAAGCAGCACAUAUGUUAACAUUACUGUACAUGGUAAGUGAGGCCACAAAAAUACGUUGGUACUCAUGUUAACACUUAAGACUGAUUUGACUGAUUCCAGUUACGCACGAUCUGAUCUCUAUGUUCACUGUAUAUAUUCUGCUACAUCAGCGUCUAAUGAAGAACAUCAGUGACAUCAUGGGCGUACACAUAUAUGUCAUAACUGAGAAACUGUGUGCAAUAAAUUUUCUUAAUUAAAUAGAUGCGUGUAGACUUGUUCCUGGAAGAUUCCCAGAUUCCCCUCGUGGUUUCGACUUUUUUAAGCAACUAAACUGUACUAAGAGUGCUGGCAUUUUGUGUGAUACUGGAGGAGGUGCAAAUAGCUGCGAGAUGAGACGAGUACUUGUUUUCUAUUUUCGAAUGGUUUAUCUCAGAAACUCAUAUGAGUUUCUGUUUAUACAGAAACUCAUAAGGAGUUGAAACGUGUAACUCUCUUAUGUUUGCUUUGUCCGAUGCUCGUGAUUAAUCAUUUUCGAAAGUACCAUAUUUGGAACGAGAAGAAGAGAUAACUGACCAAUCAAACUUCGUAAACAACGUGACGUAAUUUUCGUUCAGGUUCCCGCGCCCGCUUUAAAAAAUGGCCGACAAAUGGGGGAAAAACUCCCGAAAGCCGAGAAAGCUUUCAAAGGUUGAAAUCGGGAAUAUUACCGAAACACUGAGCAGGAUAUUAUUGCCUUACCCCCCUGGCCAAACGUAACAUUAUGAAACCCAUUGACGGCCUCGCAACUUCUUGAAGGUGUCACUUCAAAAAACGAUGCCUCGUUAACCCUCUGCACAGUAGCUUAUACUGAAAAUAGGCUUUUAAAAUUUUCAUGUUAAAAGUCUAGAAUAAACAGUGAAAAAUAUUUUCGAAUAAAAUUCAUUAGCUACGUAUCGAAAGUGUCCAAAACCUGAACCUGACAUCUUCGCAAAACGUGAUGCUUGUAAUGAAUGUGAGAAGCAUCUUAAAUUAAGCUUAGAUGUUGUAGUGACGAUCGUGUUUUGAGCUAAUUUUAUGACUGAACAAACUCAAAACAAUAGACAGAGAAGCCGUUUCUUGAAAAUUUUUAUUCAAAGUCCAAAAAGUUAAUCCUUUAAAGCAAUUCGGAAAACACUAUCUGGAUCGUGGAUCCGUUCACGCAAGUGACGUCGGCUAAGCACAUAGCAAAAUUCAACGCAAAAUCCACCUCAAAUCAGGGCACAUUUUGUAAUUUUUCUUUAGCGCCGAAGAGAAAAAUUUAUAAAACGUCUAUGAAACAUUUAAAAAUACAUAAAUUCCCUUUCAAAAACGUAAUUGUCUUGGCCAUAGAGUGCAAAAUGUACCUGAAAAUUCAGCAAAAACUUCGCUGACUUGGUUGCAUUUCAAAACAGACCAUGGGCUCCGCCGUGAAGAAAACAAGGUUGAAUUCCCCGAAGGACGAUUUCUUGAUGAAAAGCUUCCCUUUCAUCACAAAAAGAAAGCUGAGCAUUCUUUGAACUUUCUCUUUCAAUUUUUGUCUUUUAACACUGUAUUUUUAACCUUAAAAUGCAGAACUCUUGUCUUAAAACAUCUGCAUGGUGAUCGCGCAGCAGCCAUUUUGUUGAAAAUGGAUAUCCGUCACUAAGAUUUCCAAAUAUGGUCAAAAUGAAUAUUCACAAGCAUUGAACGCGAGUUACACGUUUCAACCCCUUAUGGGUUUCUGGUUUAUAUUAAUUCUUUCCUUAGAACUCAUAGUCUUAUGUUUUUGACCAUACGAUGGACUCGUUUUAAGAGCACGAGUAGUGUCAGUUGGUUUAUAUCUGAAGCACAGCACAUGCUCCUGUAGUACUCACAUUACAGUACAGUCACUUUUCUGCCAGUUCAUUUGCAUUUUCGAUCCAUAUGUCCCUUAGAAAAAGUUGUUCACGCAGUCGUCUGUAGCACAUACAGCUUUAGUAUCUGUGCUAUCUGUGCAGUAGAAACAGCGGUUGGUCUUCCUUUUUUUUUACUUUCAUUUUUAUUUUUCACCCCAGUGCCAUCAACCAUCCAGCCUUUGCAAAACAAGACAAUAACUGAAGGUGGUAACUUGAACCAGUGUUGUAAUGCAUCUGGUACUCCUCCGCCAGUCGUGUCAUGGAUGAGAAUCAGCACUGGUCAACGCUUUGAUGGUAGUGUGUCACAGCUUAUCAAUAUUAACAGGGGUGAAGCUAGAAACUACAAGUGUGAAGCCAGCAAUGAGUGUGGUAAUGCGUCAGAGGUACAAGACAUCGACGUGCAAUGUAAGUAAUGGACGGAGUUCACCAAAGUCGCCCAUAUCCUUAGGGAGCUUAGGCAACAACGUCAGCGACGACGACAAAAACCUCACUUAAAAAGUGAACUGGUCCUGUUCCAAACAUCAUCGCUAUCAAUCCGCCUUAUUCGAUGUCAAAAUUAAGGUCGGCAAAUUUCGUUUCCUUUUUCAUAAAGGACUACGUGAGUUCAGAAAAAGAAAAACUACUACGUCUUAGUCUCGCAAAAAAAAAAAAUAGAUAAACAAAAAAAGAAAAGAAAAGAAAGUGGGAUGCACUUGCAAAGUUGUUUUGCUUAUUAACCCUAUAUAUUGCUGUUUUACCGUUCUCCUUUUUAAUUUCCGUUGCCACCGCCAUCGUCGUUGCUUAAGCUCCCUCUUAAGCUUUCAGUCAGUGUUAGGGUUCCUGUACGAGUAUGUGUUUUGUGAGCCAUUGACAACGUCCUGUCUGGAGUCUCUCUUGAAUUGCCGUGCCCUAGCAGCAGAUGGGAAGGAGAGAGACCCUGAAUAAAAGUUUGUGAAAUUGACAUCACAUUGACUGGUCUGUUUAGCUCCCCUUUUGCCCUAAUAUAAAUGAAAAAAGAACACUUUACACGAGACAUUGUCGAGGGAAUUGAGCACUUUCAUAGAUUAUGCAUAGAAAUAAAUUUGACUUAGACGAAAUUUGAUUGCCCUACUCUUCAAAACCCAUUGGGCAUUAAUCCAGUGGCGACUUUUUUUUCACUGUCUUAUGGAUUGCUGGUGGACCCUUUUUUUAGACUGUCAUUUUUAGUGCACAGGACCGGCUCUCUGACUAAAGACUCACAAGAUUUUAUGAGCUGUUUUAUAAGGGGAUAUUCUUUAAAAAUUGGGUUAACGUUUGUUUGAUAUGCACCGUAGUACAGGGACUGUGAUGGCAAUACAAUUAAGCGAACCAAGAUAAAGAGUACCUGGAGAGUAGCAUUAAAGUUAUGGUGUGUUUGGUGGUUGUAUGAUUAUUGUUUUCGUUUUUUGUUUUUAUGUUCUACUGUUUUGGAAGGAAAUCGAAUUCCACAUAUACAAGUGAAUGACGUCUUUUGGCCAACGUUUUGAUUUUUCCUAGUUAUAAUGUCACAUUAAUUGUUGAUUGAACUAUGUCAUGUUAAUUUCAUCAUUUUUUCCUUGUAGACAAGCCAGAGAACGUCCAGCUAACAACAAACGCCAGUGCAAACAAAGCAUGCCAGAAUGACGUCUUGAAACUUACUUGUUCAGUCGGUGAUGCUAAUCCAGAAGUGACUUCAUAUCAGUUGUUUCGAAAUGACACUGAUCUUGGGGAAAGCAACACAGGAAUGUGGGUUCAAACACUGUCAAACAGCGGACUAUCGAUGUGCAAAUGUGUGGCAAACAACUCUGUGGGAAGCGCAGAAAGCCCGAGUGUUUCCAUCACCGUUAAUGGUAAUCAUGAAUUUCGUUUCUAUGUCCGCCUCUUUUCACCCUUCCGGCGGAGCCUUUCUAUUGCUAGUUUGAUGUUGGCGCACUCGAGAAAGACUCUGCUUGCAUCAGUUAAAAUCUUUGUUGAGCAUGCAUUAAAUGCUGCUUGGAUAAAGUUUCGAUUACAGGCCUAAUACCUGUGCGCUUGGUACAGCAGGCUCAGUUAUUAGAUUAUCGGUUUAUCAGUAAGCGGAUGCUCACACUCGAAAAAGCCACAAAAUAAGAUUGACUUGUGCAGAAGUUCGGGAUGCGGCGACUUCAAAGGCCAGACGCGAUUCAGACAGAGCCUCCUUAAAAUCUCAUCCAUAAUUAAGAAAUAAAAAUCACGCUCAGGCGGUGCUCGCAGGGUGACCUGUUUUAUUUAGUUGUUCAAAUUAUUAAUAAACUUUUUUGGUUAAUGAUAAGGAAUUUUGGAGAGUAUUCGCUUCCUCUUGCGGUGUUCCCUUUUCGUAUGUACCUCCUUGACUGUGUUUCUUGUAUGAUGUUUAAACGGCAAUUUGUACCUAUUCAGCCCCUAGGUUUUCAUUAGUGACAAUGCUAUCCAUUGAAUAAACGGAACUGAAAUAGAGCUGGCUGCUAUUCAUCACGUUUAGCUGAAACCGUUUUAAUCUUUUGCAUGGGCUUUGCCCUCAGUCCGUAUUUGUCUUUUCCGCAAUUUAUCUUGCGUUUUCUGCAAUUUUAGGCACCUCUUUAGUCAAAUCUUUGAAGGUUUCUUGGUAAUUGCUUGAAAGUAGACCUACACCUUCAAUUUUCCUCUUACGUUUCCAUUAUUUUAUUGCAGUGCCACCGACUAUCGCACCAAUACUAGAUAAGACAGUUAACGAGACUGACAACUUAACUUUGCCCUGCGUGUCAACUGGUGUCCUUUCACCCUUUGUUUCCUGGGUGAAGGUUAGCAGUGGACAGCGCACAAAUGGAAGUUUGCUACAGCUGACUAAUGUUAGUAGGAGUCAAGCUGGGGAAUACAGAUGUGAGGCCAGCAACGAAUGUGGCAAUGCUGUGGAGAGGGUGAACAUCACCGUACCAUGUAAGUUGCAAAGGUGUCGCUCAUGCCAUGGUAUUUUGAGCAAUCGCGAGAAUUUCUGUAUUUUAAGAAGAGCGUGAAAUGUUGUCAAGAACUCAUAAAUUCCUUUGGCUUGAGAAAACAACCGCCACACUGAUGAUGCGUCACUACCCAGAUCUGGGCAGUUCUUCUGAUUGGAUGAAGCAAAUUAUCAACCAAUCAGGGGCACUUCCCAGAUCUAGGUAGUGCUGCGUCAUGGAAUUUCUGCGCUACUUCCUCAGACCUCAUUUUGCGGGGAAUCCAGUGGUGGCUUCGCGAAAUGUCUGCUCUUUUCUCAGGCUAAAAUACCUGUUGUUAAAAUUUCUUCAACAUCAUAAUGAUGCAGGAUCAGGGUAAAGUAGUACACAGUUCUAUCCCUGCUCCUUUAGUUUUUAGUGUUUGCCUGUUAGACUUCCAUCAAAACAUUCGGACGAUUUAGACGGUUAUAUGGAUACUAUCCUACAUGUAUACAGAGACUUACGAUCACCCGCAUCGCGCGAGGUGUUUCCAUGUGAUCAUCUCGAUCGCCUGAUUACCGGCCUAUAUACAGACUUCUGCAUUUCAACCCAGUGUACUGAGAUCUCCCCAAUCGUACGGAUCGUCCUGUAUGGCAUCAGAAAUGUUUCUAUAUGAUCAUCUCAAUCGCCUGAAUGCCGGCCUGUAUACAGGUUGCGAUCAACCCAAUGGUACGGAUCGUCUUGUAACGCAUGAGAGGUGUUCCAUAUGAUUGUCUCGCCUGCUGAAACAUUGUAAAAUACCCUUCCUAGAUAAUUCUUCCCGACUGUCGGAAGAUUGAAGGGCCACUUCUCGCUGGGUAAUUUGAAGACGAACCGGGUGAUCGAUACGAGCCAGACGAUUAUAUAGAAGAGAGGGGAAACAAGGGAUAAGACCUCGGAAAUCUACUUUGUAGUGCGCACUUUAGACAAAUAUACGUUCAUCUAACUCUAAAGUGACCUUGACGUUAUUCUUCCUAUAUCCCCAAACUUAUGGCAUGAUUACAGGGUGUUGACAGUAAUUUUCGUUGCACCUGAAAAUGCAUAUUAAAUUAUUAUUUCUAGUCAAACCUUAGAAUGUACGUUUGGUAGCGACCAACAUUGGGGAUGAAGCCUGCCAGAACGAUUCUGUGCCCCAGAGGUGCUCAGCUGAUGCUAGUCCACCAGUCUGGUCUUAUCAGUUUUUUGAAAAUGAUGUUCUUUUGGGAAGUAACACUAUAUUUUGUACACAGAUACCCCUUGAACCGGCACGGAAACUAUAUCGGAUAGGGGUUCUAUUCACAGGCGAGAACGUAAGAAGCUGUGCCGCGCUGAUCUUGAAAGUGUAUCGUCACAGAUAUAUCGGAAGGGUUUCUGUGCCACUGUUCAGCACAGUUUGAACAGGCUUUCAUACAAUACCAGAUCGCUUUUCAUUUCGACAAGAAAGACUUUCGUGUGUAUUGUAGAUGUACAUGUACCGUUAGCCUGGUUAGCUCAGUUGGAAGAACGCCAGUCUGCUGAGCGGGAGGCCACAGGUUCGAACCCCGGCCGCACGAACACUCAGGGUCUUUAAAUAACCGAGAAGAAGGUGCUGCCUUUGGAAUGACAUCUGCGAACGGUUAGACUUUCUAGUUUUCUCUGACGAGGACGAAAAAACGUAGGUCCCGUCUCACAGCACUUAGACUUAUCUGGUUCUUGAAGGACGUAAAAGAACCCACACCAUUGUUCGAAAAGAGUAGGGGACGUAGACCCCGGUGGUGUGGCCAACCUUCACACAUCACUGUGUUCACACAUCAUUCACAUCAUGGGCUGGGUGGGUACAGUAAGCUCAUAAAUGGGCUGAGAGCGGCUGCCAGUGGCGCCUUUGUAUGCUGACGUCCGAGCUCACUGUUCACAUGUUAAUAUAUAUUGUAAAGACGGCACGUCUGUUGUCCUCUCAUCCAUGACUUCGUCGUUCCUUCCAAAGUUAGCUAUACUGCGCUCUUAUGUCGUGAAGCUGGUGUUAUAUGUAACGUGCAGUUCGUGCAAAGAAAACCAAUUAAGAAGAAAACAGCAGUAAAAAGAAUAUAACGGUAAUCUUUCAACAUUUAUUUUGGGAUUCCAUGUAAUUUUUGCUUGAUUGCAGUACCGUCAUCCAUCCAAUCGAUACAAAAUGAGACUUUUAUUGAAGGUUCAAGCUGGAAUCUGACCUGUGACGCGUCUGGAAUCCCUUCAACCAUCGUUGCUUGGAUCGAAGAGGGCAGUGGUCAACGCACACCAGGAAAUGUUUUGAGGUUGAUAGAUAUUUACAGAAAUCAACGUGGAGAGUACAGAUGUGAAGCACGCAAUAGGUGUGGCAAUAAGUCAGUGACUACAUUCGUCGAUGUGCUUUGUAAGUGACUGUUGAAGACCUGGCCAUGAACUUAGAUCAUGGAGAUCAAAUGGAUAUGAUCAUAUUAGAUUUCAGUAACGCUUUUGAUAAAGUACCCCAUCAACGCAUCAUUAACAAAUUGAAGUUUUAUGGCAUUAAGGGAAGUACCCUUACUUGGCUUAAAGCUUGGCUCACUAGUAGAUCACACACUGUCAUAUUAGAUGGCAUGUGUUCGAAAUCUGUAGAUGUGACUUCAGGGGUACUUCAAGGCACAGUACUAGGUCCAUUAAUGUUUUUGUUAUUCAUUAAUGAUAUGCAAGAUGAUUUAGUAUGUACUCUAAGAUUGUUUGCUGAUGGUGCUUUAUUGUAUCAUAAAAUCACUUAUAAUGAUGACACCUUGGCUUUACAGGGUGACCUAGACAAACUAGGCCUAUGGGCUGAUAGAUGGCAGAUGCUGUUCAAUCCCUCCAAAUCCUACAAAAUGUCUGUUUUCCGUAGUAGAUCCCCAGUAGUUAAAGACUACACCCUUUACAACCAAACACUGGUAGCUGUUGAGCAACACCCUUAUUUAGGUGUUUUGCUGUCCAGCGAUCUGCGGUGGAACUCUCAUGUGGACAAGAUUGCUAAAAAGGGGAGCUCUUCACUUGCAUUUGUGGGAAGGAACUUGUAUGCCUGCUCUGAAGAAACCAAACGAGCAGCUUAUGUAUCACUUGUCAGACCAUAUCUAGAGUAUGCGACUGCAGUAUGGGAUCCUUAUAGACUGAAUCAAGUGGAGAAACUAGAAGCUAUCCAAAGUCUUGCAGUGAGAUUUGUUAAACAUGAUUAUAGUUAUAACACCAGCGUGUCCAAAUUGAAGAAAUCCCUAUCUUUGGGUUUACUAAGCGAGAGAAGAAAAUCCCACCGUCUACAAAUUUCCAUAAAUCUGUGUACAAUGAUAUUGCUUUGCCUAUUCCGCCUUAUUAUGAAUUGUCUAUUAGGGAAACUAGAAAUUCAUUGAUUCAACCAUCUGUACAUCAUGAUUACUAUAAGUAUAGUUUCUUUCCGAGAACUAUAAGGGACUGGAAUUGUUUAUUACCUGAAACCAGAUCACUUAAUUAUCCAGCAUUUUGCAGUGCAAAAUUAUUUUAAGUUUUAUUUUUAAGUAUAGCUAUAUUCUUAAUUACAUGUUUUAUUUAUUUAUUUAUUUAUUAUUUUUUGUUUAGCUAUGUUUAUAUUUUUUAUUCUUUUAACUGUUCUUGAUGUGUAAUAGCGUUGAAGAGUAUUAAAGUAGAUGUAGAUGUAGAAGUGAAGGGAAUAAUAAUCAUAAGAAUAUGUACAGUGAAACCUGCAUUAAGCUUACUUCGUCUUAAUAAAAUCCUUUCCAGUAUCUCUUGCGUCGCUGAAUUUAGCGAUAUCUAUCUGUAAUUUUCAUGUUUGCAGAAAGAUAGAACAGGGCAGAGUAUCAUUCGUAUGUGAUAUACAACAGACCUGGGGUGAUCAGACGGCUUGAUUGUCCAAUGUGAAAUUAUAUCAAAGUUGCAUUUCAGCUCACUUUCCAAACAAUUCCUGUAUGUCUAUUUUUUUUCCUAUAUAAGGAUUUUGACUUUAUCUUCUGUUUGUAAAUCAUUGUAAGGCGCAUUGAGCUUUGUAAAUGCGCCAUAGAAGAAUGUAUUUAUUAUGACUUUUAUUGUUAUUAUUAUUAAUAUAUAGAUUUAGCCAGGGCUAAAAGCGAAGCUCCCAUUAAUAAAUUUAUAAUUUAAAUCAAACAAUAAACUUGUAAUCCACAAAUCAGUUAACUUANAUCUGUACAUCAUGAUUACUAUAAGUAUAGUUUCUUUCCGAGAACUAUAAGGGACUGGAAUUGUUUAUUACCUGAAACCAGAUCACUUAAUUAUCCAGCAUUUUGCAGUGCAAAAUUAUUUUAAGUUUUAUUUUUAAGUAUAGCUAUAUUCUUAAUUACAUGUUUUAUUUAUUUAUUUAUUUAUUAUUUUUUGUUUAGCUAUGUUUAUAUUUUUUAUUCUUUUAACUGUUCUUGAUGUGUAAUAGCGUUGAAGAGUAUUAAAGUAGAUGUAGAUGUAGAAGUGAAGGGAAUAAUAAUCAUAAGAAUAUGUACAGUGAAACCUGCAUUAAGCUUACUUCGUCUUAAUAAAAUCCUUUCCAGUAUCUCUUGCGUCGCUGAAUUUAGCGAUAUCUAUCUGUAAUUUUCAUGUUUGCAGAAAGAUAGAACAGGGCAGAGUAUCAUUCGUAUGUGAUAUACAACAGACCUGGGGUGAUCAGACGGCUUGAUUGUCCAAUGUGAAAUUAUAUCAAAGUUGCAUUUCAGCUCACUUUCCAAACAAUUCCUGUAUGUCUAUUUUUUUUCCUAUAUAAGGAUUUUGACUUUAUCUUCUGUUUGUAAAUCAUUGUAAGGCGCAUUGAGCUUUGUAAAUGCGCCAUAGAAGAAUGUAUUUAUUAUGACUUUUAUUGUUAUUAUUAUUAAUAUAUAGAUUUAGCCAGGGCUAAAAGCGAAGCUCCCAUUAAUAAAUUUAUAAUUUAAAUCAAACAAUAAACUUGUAAUCCACAAAUCAGUUAACUUAAGGGCACAUAUGUGACUUUUUAGGGAAAGCUAAGGAUAAGUGAUUUUAGAGUGAAAAAAAAUCUUACAUCGAAUUGAUAGCCGUAUAUAUACACCAAAAAAUAGCAAUCAUCUUUGAUCACAUUUAAGAGCCAUAAUAGCUCUUGAUCACAGUAGAUUAGGCCUGGAAAAAGAAUUCUUGGAAAACAAAUCAGGCCGAAUUUUUUGCGUUCGACAAGUUUACUUAACAAAAUCUUGCCAACAACUCUGGGUGCGUGUAAAACAACAUUUCAUACUUUUUAUACAUCACAUAUGAGGUGAAACAGUGAUAUGAGACUCUGUUUUUAUCAUACAGACCUCAAACAAAAUGCAGUAUUUCACAAUUUUUCAAGACAAAUUGCACUCAUUCAUUAUUCAGAACCGUGCGAAGCACGCGCCUGCUUUUAGCAAAAAAAGCCAAAUUUUCAGUGAACAUUAACGGUGAACAUUAGUCCAUGCGGACUACUUUCCACUACCCGGAAAGUCCGCACGGACGGACGUAGCUGACGUCAUAACCAAAAUUUCUCGGAUGGAUAGUUUACCAAAUUAUCUUAGUUAUGGUGCUCCGCUCGCGCGCGCAAGGAGCUCCGCUAUUAAUGAUAUGUUUACUUCCUGCCAAGUUUAAAAGGGAGGACGAGGAGGUGUGAAUUUCCUCUUGCGUCUCGUACUCGUUUGCUCUUGCCAGGUCUGUCAAGCCUCGACUCGACUGACUUGAAAGGCACUGCUUGCAGUCUAAUGAAAACCAACCUUGACUGUAACUAAUAAAGACCUUUAGAUUCUAGGACGAGAACGAUUACAAGUACGAGAUUUGACUUAAAGUUUUUUCGCGUAUUCUCAAAUUAUAGACACCCCGAAAAGCUUCAUUGCACCUCUUUUUCGCCAAAGAAUUAGCACUGUUAUCUUUACUGAAGGAGCUUAAGCCACAUCCCGGCUGCAAAAUGAUAAAGCCUCUAACAGUCUAUAACUUGUUUCCGUUACCACGACAUUCUGGCUAAAACUCUUAGCAGGAUGACGACGGCAAUCAUGUUUCCCGCCAAAAUGACGCUGGUUCACGCGCAAGCCCUACUUGGUAUUGUGAAAAUCUCGUACUCGUAGUCGUACUCGUCUUAGAAUCCAAAGCUCUCUAAUAUUCUAUUAUUGUCUUUUUUUACCUAGACCCUCCAGUCGUAACACACAUUUCUAACAACCAGAUACUGAAUGAAGGCUCCAGUGUGACUCUGAACUGCUCAGCAGAUGGUAAUCCACCUCCAGUAAUCAGCUGGACAAUGGUCUCUGAUAACAGUGCUGUCAUUUUUCCUCUGACCGAUAUUGGACAAUUGGAUGAAGGAACCUACAGAUGCACUGCUUAUAAUGGUGUUGGAAGUGUUGUUACAAGAGAUGUGUCCGUAUUUGUACAUUGUGAG